CUCAACUUUUCAAAGUUGGUGAGAACUUUCAUUUCUCGUCGCGCUGGUGGCUUUCGGUUUUUAUGUACAGCAGGAGAUCUGAAGUUGUUCAAAGCAUGCAAACCUUAAUUCCUCACUCUAACCGUUCCGGUUUACUUUUUGUAAAUGAGUUUUUGGUCUCUCCUCUAUCUCUGAAUUUUUGUUCGCGCCUCCAUGGCGGUCUCGGACGUCGAAGCUGUCUUAGAUUUCUUGAGGAACAAUGGGUUUCCCCAAGCUGCUUCCGCACUUAGAGACGAUAUCGUAGAGAGAGGGGAGGUUGGUUCCUUCGAUUUCGAGAAGUUCAUGUUCCCGAUGGACCCGCCGCCCCCUCCGCUGAGAAUUUCGUCCAGUAGCCGGCAAUCAGAAAUUUCGAAUGGAGUUCUUUGCUCCGGUUUUAUCUCUGACUCGUCGGAUGAUUUCAUAAGCAUGGGUUCUUCAAGUGUUGAAAUGUCUGCUUCUGGAUUGACAAAUCCAUAUGCAGCUCAGGAUAAAUCUGAUGUAUCAUCAGAUAGACUCUCUGAAUUUGGUACUGCUCGUGAUUACCAUGAUUCUGAUAUGCUCAAUGACAUUUACUGGUACAAUGAGAAAGAUGGGGGCUAUCUCAAAUGUACCUGUAUUGGAGGGUCGGACUUACUUAAUUGUCCGAGUGAGGACAAGUAUAUCACCACUUCAGAGGCAGACAGGAAUUGUAAGAAAUCAUCAGUUCUAAAUUCUGCAACAGAAGGGUUCCAUUCAAUGACAACUAUUAAUUACUUAGACAAGCCAUGUCUUCUUAAUAAUACCUCCAUGGAUGACAGAAUUCCAAUUGCAGAUUGUUAUCAAUGGGUUGAAAUCACCCAACCUGAACAAGGUGAUGAAGCAAGGCCUGAUGGAUGCUCUGGAAAGUAUAAUUUGGAUCCUCUUUGCGAUUGCUGCAUGGGAAUAAAAGGUUAUAAUGGUUGGAAAUUGGAGGAUCACAACCAGAUUAAAAGCUUGAAAGAAACUUGUUCAAGUGAUGUUCAGUUAAAACAUGUCUACGAGUGUCCUUCUGAUUGUGAUUCUUCCUCAGAGCGCAAAAGGAGUGGGGGUGCUAAUUGGUCUAUUAAAAGUGUGGAUGUGGAUCUUCAGAAUGACUCUCAUUUACAUCUUCAGGUUUCUGAUGAGAUUGUCCAAUUAAAUGGAGACAAUGAUCAUGAAAUAGGAGAUUGUAGAAAAAUGGUUGGAGAGCACCAUGAAUCUGGAACUGCUGUUGAUGGAGAUGAGUGUAUUACUCCAAGUGAUCAUCCGAUGUAUGGAAGUUGUGAGGAUGAUUAUGAAAUAUUUGACCUGAGAAUUAUGCAUAGGAAGAACAGGACUGGGUUUGAAGAGAACAAAGAUUUACCCAUUGUUCUAAACACAAUUAUAGCAGGAAGAUACUAUCUUACAGAAUACCUUGGUUCGGCCGCUUUCAGUAAAGUUGUUCAGGCUUAUGAUCUUCACACAGGAAUGAAUAUUUGCCUGAAAAUAAUAAAAAAUGAUAAAGAUUUUUUUGAUCAGAGUUUAGAUGAGAUCAAGCUUCUAAAGUUUGUGAACAAGCACGACCCCAUAGAUGAACAUCACAUUUUACGCCUUUAUGACUACUUCUAUCAUCAGGAGCAUCUUUUCAUUGUCUGUGAACUUCUACAAGCAAAUUUAUAUGAAUUUCAGAAAUUUAAUCAAGAUUCUGGUGGUGAGCCCUAUUUCACAUUACACAGGAUACAGAUCAUAACUCGGCAAUGUUUGGAAGCACUAGAAUACUUGCAUCACCUGGGAAUUAUCCACUGUGACCUGAAACCUGAGAAUAUUCUCAUCAAAAGUUACAGCAGAUGCGAGAUAAAGAUUAUUGAUCUGGGAAGUAGUUGCUUUCUGACAGAUAAUUUAUGCUUAUAUGUACAGUCUCGUUCCUAUAGGGCACCUGAGGUCAUCUUAGGGCUCCCAUAUGACCAAAAGAUUGAUAUCUGGUCUCUUGGUUGUGUCUUGGCUGAGCUCUGUUCUGGUGAUGUGCUUUUUCCAAAUGAUGCAUUGGUGAUGUUGCUUGCACGCAUGAUUGAGAUGCUUGGUCCUAUUGAUAUGGAGAUGCUAGAGAGGGGCCAGGAGACACACAAGUAUUUCACGGAGGAAUAUGAUCUAUAUUAUAUUAAUGAGGAAACAAAUCAACUGGAGUAUAUAAUUCCGGAGCAGUCCUCACUGGAGCAUCAUCUACAGGUUUCUGAUGCAGGGUUUGUUGAGUUUAUCAGAGACUUGCUUGAGAUUAACCCAGAGAAGCGGCUAAGUGCAAAGGAUGCACUACAGCAUCCAUGGCUUUCCUAUUCAUACGAGUGACAAAUUUUGGGAAAUAUCUGAUUCAGCUGUUGAUGGGGGGUGGGGGUAUGACUUUGAUGUUUCAAGUGCUUGAGUGCAGAAUUCUGACACUGUGUAGGGAAGAAUGUUUCUAAAAUCUGCUCUUGAUGUUGGAUGUUUAAUGUAUACGUGUAUGUACAGUUACAAGAUUCAAGUCAUAUUAAUAAUGGGUUUAUAAAAGA